AGAUAGGGAUGGGAAGCAACAUUGAAAUAUUCUAAUCGGAAAUGCGCCUACCUUACUUCAAUCACAUCAUACCUACCCGGUACAUAAUAAUACACUCGCCAAUUGGAUCGAUGGGCUUAACAAUUAGUGGCCCGCAGCUGCUGCACGAUCGGACAAGAUUCGGCGGUUUAGUACCUAGGUUUAGUACCUAUCUAGGGUACCCUAGGUAGUAAACUCUCCUAAUAGCGGACCUAGGCAUCUUACAUGGUAGGUACGGUGAGAAAGAUUGAAAGGUGCAUGUCCAAGUUAUCAAAGAUAUGUAAUGUUCUCCAUCCUCAACAUUAACUUCUUCUCUUGAAAUACCUACAUACCCAGUACCCAGUACUGUAAGCUGUGUAGAUAGUACAUGCAUCAUCCUACAUAUUUGUACUACUAGAGAUAACUAGGUUAGGUAUAUGACAUUUGCCACAACCCUUGAAGUGUACUACACACAUUACGAAUAACACCAAAGUACAAUACCUACCUAGAUAGGCGGUCCGGUCCGUACCAUCAUGACAGCUGAUGAAAGAACGCCAUUACUCGAAAAUGGAAUUACUCCAAAUCUCGCCAAGACCGGGAAGGCCGGGAAAGCCGUGGGGGUUGCCGGAGCCGUCUUCGGGCCCGCUAAUCGUCUUUUACUCGCCGGAUUUAUGAUGAGCUUCACCCUUGGCAUCACCCAAGUCCCCAUUAUUUACGUCUUCCGUCUUAUGGAAUGUGACAUCUUUUAUGACCACAAUGCACCCUUCGAAGGUCCCGGUGACCGUUGUCAUCGUCGAGAGAUCAACGCUGGCACUGCCACACAGGUCUCCGUUUUAGGCAUGUCUACUUCCAUAAGCGGAGUUUUCAACUUAUUCAUAUGUGGCUACCUUAUCAAAAUCUGGGGUCCACGAUGGGCCUUUGUAUCACAGACUGUACUGUUGGGUAUAAGGGUAUCGACACAGGUUCUUGGUGUGACCGUUGGCGGCCGGUCUGGCGAAAUCAUCUUUCAGGCCUGCCAAGCUAUCGGCAUUGUAGGAGGCCCUCGUGGUUAUCAACUGGUUCUCAACACUGCCGUCAGUGAACUGGUUGCCGCGAAGGACCGUACCGCUGUCUUUGGGCGAUUGCAGGGAUCGAUCAUGUUGGGGACUGCCUUUGGCUUCCUUCUGGGAGGCGUGCUUGGCGAUGUCUAUAAUAUCCGGCGCCCCUUCGAGGUGGCAUUCUUCCUCUAUGUUGUCACUGCCAUAUACGGAGCACUGUUUAUGCCAACCACCACGAAAAACGAGCGUGACAGUCAGCAAAAAGAUAGCCGAGGAAUCAGCGCCUUCUUCGCACCUAUCAAAGUUAUUGUCCCUCAUAAAUACCGCCUAGAGUCGGGUAAGAUCAUUCGGAAUUAUAGCUUGAUUUUCCUCGCCCUUGGUAUUUUUCUUGGUGUGUUUGCUUCUGGAUAUGCUCCGAUUCUUCUACAAAUGUACGCAACGUCCGAAUUCAAUUUUGGCACUACCGAAAACGGAUAUCUCAUGUUUGGAAACUCGGCCAUUCGUGGAAUCUUUUUGCUUUUCAUGUUUCCAAAGAUCAUAUCUGCCGGCCGGAUUUGGUUCAAUGGCACGACAACUUCGACGGAAGGUAGAGAGCCAGCAUCGGAAUGUCAUAUACCUACCAACCCAGAAGACUUUGAAGCUGCUGAAGGUGGAGAAGUCCCCCAAGAGCCAAUAGAAGCCCCAGACCUAGAUGAAGAGGAUUCUGGUACUGGAUUCGACCUCUUCUUUGUUAGAUGGAGCCUCGUCAUUGAUUCCUUGGUAACCUUCUUUGCCGGGUUCUCAACAGAUGGUUGGCAGGUAUACCUUGCUGGCUUCUUGUUGCCGUUUGCUUCUGGCUCGGCGCCGGCCGCAAAGGGAGUUAUGACUGAAUUAUGCGCACCAAGUCAACGACGGGACGCGAUUAGUGCCAUUACAUUGGUGGAAAGCACAGCAACGUUGUUAACACAGGGCCUUUUCGGCCUGAUAUUUGCUGCUUUCUCCGAAGUUGGUCGGCCGAGUUUGACCUUUUUCUGCAACACAGCAUUCGCAGUGUUUGGCUUCGUCAUCUUAUUUAUGGCAACCAUGCCACCGGAGAAUAGCAAGCGAAUCGAUGAGGACGAUUCAGAAACCGAGGUCGAUGUUGAAGCCUAAGCUAACAUCCCCAGUACUCAAGGAGAUUUUGAUUAGAGAGAAUACAUGCUGGAUUACAUAAAAAGGGGAGACAUAUGAAUUAAAAAAAAAGGGGAAGAAAAAAAGGGGUUAGAUAUGCAUAUUAAAACGGAGGCAGGAGAAAUUAAGGUACCUUAGCCACAUAUGGAUCAAUUAUAUUAUUAAAUAGACCUACCUGUUCAGGGUAUCACAA